UUCGUGUUGCGUGGGGGAGGAGGGAAGGUGAGGGCGGGGUGGUGCUUGUAUCUGACAGCGUUAGUCAUCUCCAUCUCCAAUUCCACCUCCAACCCCUGACGGGCACAAGCAGAAUGCAGACGUCCCAGCCAACGCAGAGCCAAACGCAGCCCUCCUCCCCAUAGCCACCCCUCCCCUCCAUGUGAAAUCCGCCCCCCCCCUUAUCAAGCGGCGUAGAGCAGCCAGUCCCCGUGGUGCGCACAUCCUCUUGACGCUCCACAACCCCACUCGCCUCUUUGAGUUCCCGAGCCACGCACUUUUUGGUCUCGCAAAAAAAACCCAACAACUCCACCAUCGGGUCCACUCAUACAGCCAAAGGCAACGACAGUGCCAGUGUAGCAGCAGCAGCAGCAACAACAACAACCCCAUCUGCGAGGUCGUCCGCUGCCCCUGCUAGAAGGACACUCUCAGCACGCUCACAAGUCCCAACGCCGGUUUGCGAUGCAGAGGUCCGUGCCGAGGAUGUCUCAUUCGCUGGUGCUGCCACUUGCGCUGCUGCUGCUGCUGCUGGGCUCGGCAGCUCCCGUGCGUGCGGACGAAGACGGCUCUGGCUCCGGGGAUGGCUCUGGCUGGGACGUGGCCCCGCUGCUGUGCCUGCCGCCCGCUCGGUGGGACGGUGUGCUGGGGUUGUGCGUGACCGACGACAAGGGCGACUGGUCCCGUGGGAAGGCACCCAUGUUGCUGCCCGAGGGCGAGGUAGAAUGGGACAUCAAGGAGGAACUCCUUGGAGAGGUCCUGGUCACGAAAGAGCAGAGCACAUCCUCGCCCACAGGUGCGGCUGAGGAAGACGGCAACAAUAAAGGGGAGAUGGCCUCGUCCCAAGAAAGAGACUACUGGAAGGAGGACAAUGAGAGGUGGGAGAAGGAAGAAGUGGAAGAGACGGAGGAGGAUGAGUUGGAGCAUGCCGGGGUCCAGGCGGAGAAGAUCACCAGUCUCUUGGAGGAGAUCAAUGACGAGGAGGAGAUUGCUCACGAUCCCAACACGUUCAGCUUCACAGGAAGCAAGCUGUGGCUCUACGCGUCCGUUGGGCUUGUCACCAUAGCCGGGACUCUCGCUGUCUUGGCCGUCACUAUCAAGUACCGCAAGUCGGCCGUGGCGGCCAUCAAGGAGAGCAGCCUGCCCAACCACUCCAUCACCAAACUGCUGCGCAAGUGCCCGGAGUCCAAGCCCAUCCUUGAUGAGCAGGAGGAGCGCUUGGUGUAAUGACUUGGUCCUCUCUCAUCUUAUUCUCCAGCCCCACACAGAUUCCUUUAUUUCUUCUCACCAAACUUAAGUUGUUGACUUUGGCAUAAUCAUAAUGGAUAGGCAAAGUGAGCAAAGACAUAUGAUUAUAAUGCAAUAGACUGUGUAAUUAUAUUACUGUACUUGCCAAGAUGGCAGGCAUAUUUGGUUUUGUGGGAACAGCCCACUUUGGUGUGCUCCUAAACUAAUCACUUUCCCAGGUCCAUCGUGGGCCCAUGCCCCCUAGACGUUCAACGUGUGUUCAAUUCCCAUCCAGGCCACAUAGCCAUCCCCUCGACCAGGGGUGGUGACCCUACAGCCUGCGAAACAAAUUCGGCCCACGAGUUCACCUCAUAUCGCCCGCAGCCAUGAGACAUGUACCACUUUGAGACCGCUGAAAAUGUAUCUGUCCAUCCCUGUAUCUUGGCUGCCCUAAUUGGGUACUAGAAGAGAAUAUUUUUGACACUUUCUAAUUUUUUCAUGCUCAGUCACCUCUGCCACUGUAAGGGCCUUUCGAUUAGCACGGGUGACUAUGUAUGGUGCAAAAUAAGUUCAACAUACGAAAGAAGUGAAUGAGUGGUGUGUUAACCUGUGGCCCACUAAACUUAUUUCAAAGUCCUGUUAGGCCCUCAGGAAUGAAAGAGUUCUCCACCUCUACCCUUGACCCACCCCUCCCACAGGCCAAACAUUUUGUCCAAUAUAUUACAGAAAUGCAAUUUGCUUGCUAUAUAUAUCUUUAUUGUGACAUGAUACACUUUUAUGAUAUUGGGAUUGAUUAUUUGUUGCGUAGAGGAUACUCAAAGUGGGAAUCUCUGGUCAAAUGGCAGGAUCUGAAAUGUAUUUGCCAUCCUAAUAAAAGACCAACUGGUCUGUACACAACGGGACCACGAGUGAUGAAUACCUCAAUUUCCAAAGUUCAGGCAGAUGCUCGGAAAUGCUCACGUACGUGAACUACCAUACCCUACUUAGGUGAACACCAAUCCCAUCUAGGCCUGUGCUUAUGGCAUCAUUUUUUCGGGAGUGGGGUGUCUGGGAUGCAUUGCAACGGGGUGUCUGUCAACUGGCCAAGCCAUGCCAAGCUGGCAAGUGGUUGUCUACUAGUUAAUUGGCUUGGGAUAGUGGUGGUGGGUGUUCAAGUAACUGCACAGUAUACGAUAUAUAUACUAUAUAAAAAAUAAAUAUUGCUUUCAUCUACAUUUAAAUCCACUCCAAAGGCUGUUUAGGAAAUUAUUUUAAAUGUAGUAGUGCUCCCUACUUUCACAAACACAAAUCCACAAACUUCUGCAGCGUAUAAGGUCAAGUGAAACAUUCUAAAGCAUAGUUCAAGUAGUUUCCUGUAUAAAGCCGAUUUUCUUUGUUUUUUUUCUUUGCGGUUAUCAUUGGCACCCUACCUUAUACUCUGCACAUGUGUGGAUUUGGAAAUAUUGCGUGUGACGGUCUAUAUGUUUCACUGCAUACACAGAAAACACACACGCAGAAAAAGGUUGUAAAAUAAAGCAAAUAUUGAAAACGUUAUCAUGUAAGUUGAGUUACAUAUUCAUAACCAUUGAACAGUCUUAUAAGUGGACACCCGUGAACGCUUGGCCUGCAGGCUGGAAAAGAAAGCUCCAGUGACGCCACCGCGGGUGCACAUCCAUACCCACGUGACUCUUAUGUCAGCAGCAGAGAGGGUAGCGAGGCAGAGUUACUGACAUCCACACGACCCUUGACGCACAGCCACGUGAAUCGAGAUCGUUGCGAUUGCCAAAGUAGAGCCACAGGGUGCACGUCAGAUAAUCGGCGCCUGCGUUGUUGAAUUAUACACGCUUUUUUCGACUAUAAUACAAAUUUGGAUCUGGUUUGUUUUAUUUUCUCAAGUCUUACAAUGUUAAUAUUGUUUCGAGAUUUGUUUUGAAUAUGUUUUUGUUGUUUGAUUUACGUUAACAACCAAUCACACUUCACGCGGGGUUUAAAAUUAGCUUCACUGUCACGGUAGUGAGUAUGCAUAGUUUGUAUAAUGAAGAGGUAGCCCCAAUAAAUAUCGGAACAAUAACUGUGAAUGUAUAAUGAAGCCAAAGCACGCAGGUAAGACCAAACAGGCGUUCUUACAUCGAAGUCCACUCCCAAAGGCUGCUGUAGAAAAUAUUCAAACGUGGCGGAGCAGAGGAGCUACAAAGAUAAUUAUAAUUACAUUUCCAUUGAUGUUUCAAAGCAAUUAUUUUAACGGGUAAUUGUUUCCAUGACUUUAGCGAGACUAUCUCUUUUAUGGCAAAAAAAUUACUUUUGAGAAAAAUGCCUACAUAACAAUCACAAGGUGCGAACGAAAUAAAUAAAAUAACUUGAAUCUGUCCACCUGAAAAUCAGCAUGUGCAUUCAUUUUAAAUACUAUUUGUUGAUGCAGAUAAUGUUUAAUUUCGGCGUUACGGAAUUGUAAGGUAAAUAAAUGGCUAAAUUGUUAUGUUAUUUUACGUACACAAAUACACAUACCCCACUUUAAAACAGACGAGUGAGCAGCAAGCAAUGAUGGGGCUACAUUGCGUGUGGACUCUUAACCUCCUCUGCUGCUGACUUGUGAGUCACGUGAGCACACACAAACACAGCGUUGGCUGACACCAAACGAGCAAACAUGAGCUUGAAAUAAACUCAAGCUGUAGUCGGUAGUGAUGUCCUAAAACGCGUACCUGUCAACCCCGUCUCAGUGCCCACCUUAUUACAGACCAAUUCAGACCUUAUUGGUCACCCCGUGCCCUUAUACAGGGUGCUUUAAAUAAACGUUAACACUUAUAUGGGACUAUCGUUUAUGAAUGGAAAAAGAACGCAUAAUAAACUGUAACAUGGUAACAAAUGUAUAUUAGUAGCUUCAAAAAGUCCGUCUGCACUUGUUCGCCAGCGUUGUCGACACACGCCUGGAAUCUUUUCCACGUGGUCUCCAGAGCCCGGAGGCAUAUUUCUUGUGGUAUUGUUGCAAAGUCUCAGAAGUGUUCACAUUUGUUUUUAAGCACCCUGUAAAUUUCGAUUUAAAGCUUCUUUCGUGACUGCAGGGAUUCAUCUUCUUGGUUCUUUCGGUAAAGUCACGUAGAAGGGAAGUAAUAAAAAAAUAAAAAUAAAGUAAUAAAAUAAAAAUAAAGUAAUAAAAUAAUAAAAGUAAAUCUCAACGUUCAUCCUACAAAGUCCCAUCACAAAGGAGAAACACAAAAAAUAGACACGUUUUUGUUGUUGCCCGUAUUGAAACGGCUGUAUGGUGUUUGGACCUGAAAACUCAAUUUCCCUGUACAAGAAUAGGGUAAACCGUAUUGAUUGACAAGUAGGCAAGUCACAAUACACGUGGUAAAGGGAUUCUCAGAAUUGGUGGUGGGUUUUAGUUUUUUUAUCCUGUUCCAAAUUGUCUCGCACGGUAUUUCCAAGAGUAAGCAAUGUCGCAUGCCAUGCACAAUAUAUGUAACAAGUCCAUUCACGACGUGCCUUGUUGGUGCAAUCGGUAAACCUCGUCAUCUUAUAUCACGAACAUAUCACGGUGCAUGCAUUCGAGAACUCUACAUCAAGCGUCCGUGAUUACAUUAGAAAACAUUUUUAAAUAUACAGAAGCAUUACCAUUACCUGUCACUUUUACCAACCUUUAAACACGUGCAUCCAUUUUGACUGCCAAUCACUGCUGAGAAUCCAGUUUAAAAAAUCGUAAGGGAGUUGAUCUUUCAAUGAGUCUUCGCUUAACUGGAGAAAUGUUUCAAGUUGGUCUGACAAUUUUGUUUAAUGUACGCCAGAGGAUUUUUUGUUCUAACAUUUCAGCUUGUAUUGCCUAGUAAAAUAUCUUUUUGCAAACUAAAACACAGUAGACACACACACUGUGCCUUGACUAAAGCAGAUUGUAUUCUAAGAAGUGCGAACAUUUUGGAUUUUGGGGAGGCAUUUCAGUUUGGUCUGUGUCCAUAUUCGUAUCCUGCAACAGGUAUAGUUAAUUUGUGGUAUAGUUAACAAGUAUAGGUGUUAACUAUACCCGACCACUGAAUGUAAGCCCACUGUUUUUACACUUCAAAUCAACUUUUUUACACCAGAUGCUAGUACUGUAAUACAACGAGAAACAGAGUACAGGAACUCUGUCUCCCCAUUACCGACUCGCUCCUCGACACUUAAUUUCCUUUGAUUAUCCAUAAUUAUACUGCUUGACACCUUUACAGGCUGAUCAAUGUUGGUGUCGUAGAGAUGAAUAUAAUAAUGCUGAUAAAUGGCUUCUUUAUCACUGUACUUUGUGCGCAUCUCCCCAGCGGAAACAAUAAAAAAAAUACUUGAGUAGUGUGA